CGUCGACGUAGCAUAGCGGGGCAAGGGGCUGGCGUCAGCCGCUUCCGCCUGGCCACAGCUAGUGCGCAGGCGCGGCCCGAAGGCCCGCGGGCGCCUCCCGAGCUUGCUGCGCGGGGCCGGGGCAGGGGCCGGGGCCGGGGCCGGGGCCGGGCAAGAUGAAGCUGUUGCGGAAGAGCAUCGAGAAGGACAACGCGGGGCAGGUGACGCUGAUGCCCGAGGAGCCCGAGGACAUGUGGCACGCGUACAACCUGUUGCGGCCGGGCGACAGCCUGCGCGCCUCCACCAUCCGCAAAGUGCAGACCGAGUCGGCCACGGGCAGCGUGGGCAGCAACCGCGUGCGCACCACGCUCACGCUGUGCGUGGAGACCAUCGACUUCGACUCGCAGGCCUGCCAGCUGCGUGUCAAGGGCACCAACAUCCAGGAGAACGAGUACGUCAAGAUGGGCGCCUACCACACCAUCGAGCUGGAGCCCAACCGCCAGUUCACGCUGGCCAAGAAGCAGUGGGACAGCGUGGUGCUGGAGCGCAUCGAGCAGGCCUGCGACCCGGCCUGGAGCGCUGACGUAGCUGCUGUGGUCAUGCAGGAGGGGCUGGCCCACGUCUGCCUCGUCACGCCCAGCAUGACGCUGACCCGCGCCAAGGUGGAGGUCAACAUCCCCCGCAAGCGCCGGGGCAGCUGCGCCCAGCACGACCGGGCGCUGGAGCGCUUCUACGACCAGGUGGCGCAGGCCAUCCAGCGCCACAUCAACUUCGACGUAGUCAAGUGCGUGCUGGUGGCCAGCCCGGGCUUCGUGCGGGAGCAGUUCUGCGACUACAUGUUCCAGCAGGCCGUCAAGACCGACAACAAGCUGCUGCUGGAGAACCGCAGCAAGUUCCUGCAGGUCCACUCAUCCUCUGGACAUAAAUAUGCGCUGAAGGAAGCCCUAUGUGACCCAGCAGUAGCCAAUCGUCUCUCUGACACCAAGGCAGCUGGCGAGGUCAAAGCUUUAGAUGACUUCUACAAGAUGUUACAGCAUGAGCCUGACCGGGCUUUUUAUGGUCUCAAGCAUGUGGAGAAGGCCAAUGAGGCCAUGGCCAUUGAUACUCUCUUGAUCAGUGAUGAGCUGUUCAGACACCAGGAUGUAGCUACACGUAGCCGAUAUGUGAAACUGGUAGAUAGCGUGAAAGAGAACAUGGGCACAGUGCGCAUCUUCUCCAGCCUCCAUGUGUCUGGGGAGCAGCUUGGCCAGUUGACAGGGGUGGCAGCCAUCCUCCGCUUUCCUGUUGCUGAGCUCUCUGAUGAGGAGGAUGAAUCUAGCUCUGAAGAGGAUUGAUGGAGGUGCUUCCCUUUCCCCAUAGCAUAAUAAGACUGAGUGACAGUUAAAACCUUCCUUUCUCAAAUACUGUUAAGCAGAUGUGCUGUGCUGCGUGAUUUGCAUAUUGCAGGACUGUGUUUCUUAAAGCAUCUAGCUUUUAGUCAAUCCACUCUAACAGAUAUCCAUGUAUGUUUGCACUUCCUAUGAUAGUGUACUGUAGGUUAGAAAUGACUCUACAAACUACACCCUGGAUCUCCAGUAGCACAACAAACAUCUGAUUUUGCUCAUGAAAGCUGCUGGCUAGGUAUUUUAAAGCAGACAAGGAACUGAACAUUUUGGAGUGGGUACAAAAAAGGUUAAUAAAUUAAGAAAAAACAGUGCAAAGUGUCACAGUUCUUAUUUAAAUUAGUGCUUGUAAACAGUGCUAUAAUUUACAGGAAGUAACUUGCUCUGUGUCUUAUUUGGAACUAGAAAUAUUAUUUUUAUUCAGAGACUCCAUGUUUUCCUCACACACAGAGCUGUGUUUACAGCUUGAUCAGGAACACGGGAAGCCAUGCCUAACUGACAUAAAAAAGAGUAAAUUAUAGAAGGGAUGAGGUGAAUAAUAAAUAUGGCUGUGACCUACGCAAGAGUCUAGCCCUUUGUCUGACAUUAGGCAAUGCAGUGGGAGGAGUGCUCCAUCAAAACUGAAAUUUAAAAAUAUCAGCUAAUAAAAAAACCCAAAAAACUUCACAAUUUUUCCUUAAAUCUGAGGUUCAGGUUAGGUUCUGGAGCUGUGUAGGCCACAUUUUAGAUAACUUUGAAUGUGCUACCUGGGAUUUUUUUUAUGUGCAAGUGGUGUUAUCUGUGAUGUUAGUCACGUCAUACACUCUUGCUUUAAAUUACUGUUUUCCAAUGAAUUAACAGUAGGAUAGUUUUAGGGUCUGAUUCUUCAAACUGUUACUUGCUUGAAUAAGAAUUUGCAGAAGCAGGUCCGUACUCCUUUCCCAGGAAUUAUUUUGACAACAGAUGAAUGGCUUGGAUCAUAAUUUCAUAACCAAUCAUUCUUAAUAUAUAUACUCUUUUAAAACAGGUGCAUCUUGCAGUUGAUAAAACCAGGAAGGUUUUAGCCUAUUUAGAAAUAUUGGCAACUAGAAAACUAUAAUAUAAUUACUUUUCAGUUUUAUUUAAUCUAUUUAUACAUAUUUAUUAAAGAAACUCAAAAUUGAGUUCUUAGUGUUAGUAACCCUAUUUUACUUACAGGUUAAAGCAGAGCUAUCCAACUCCUGCAUACCUGGGGCUCACAGGCUGCAUGCCUCUCAUAAGACCAGGCCUGUCCCGCUGUGCCCUGAGCACCUUAUCAUACUGCUCCAUAUUCCCUUCCAUUUUCUUGGCAAUACAUCACAUAGUGAAUGCAACUCUGCUGUACUGUGCCAGCACCCACUCUACUGCACAGGAUCCCUGGGUCCCUUUGACUCCAGGCUACAAAUUACCUUGGCUCUGUUCCAGAGGCAGGGCAGACAGUGGAAAGCCAGAGGAGGGAGGACUCCAGUGGUGGCAGCAGCAGCUACAAUGAUUGGGGGGAGCAGGACCUGAAUUGGGAGUCCAGGAGCUGAAUGUGAUCCAUGGGUUACCAAUUAGACAGCACUGGGUUACGGAGAAAUGCUUAGCCAAAGGAAAUUUAAAAAAAAUGCCAAAGAAACAAACCCCACUUCCCCUCGUUUUCAGAUUCUGUAAUAUAAUUAAGGUAGAUUUUUGUAUAAGUGAAACUUAAGGGGCUUUUUUUUGUUUGUUUUUUUUAAGCGAUGUUGACCGGAAAGACUUGGCUCAUACUCUUAAAUUGAGUCUUUUCUAAGUGAAGUAAUAGAGCAUUUUUUUAAAUAAGAUUUUAAAAAUUGUUUAAAGUAAUUAAUUACAGCUGUUUCUAAUCUAAGUAAAAUGGCUUCAUUUCAAAAUAGCAUUUAACCUGACACUACUCAUUAUUUUAUAAAAAAAAAAAAAAAUUUACACAGGUUCUUGUUGAUGUAGCCCCUUUGUUUCUGUUUUCAAAAGCAGGAAAAAGUUGAGACCUGAUGUUGACAUGGUAAUUAGUGAGGCCUCUUGCAAUGCUAUAAAGAAGACCUGAUCAAUAAAACACAUCACUUAACCAUUAAGAGUUAUUAAAUUACUAAUAAUUAAAUUAUUCAUUUAUUCUUUAUAAUUGAGUCCUUUUAAAUAUAAUUAGUCUUUAACAAGAGUUGCCAAUCUCAGCAGUUAAAAUUAGCCACGAUGCUUGACUGAUCAUCAGGGGCCAAGUAGUUGACCGGGGGAGGGGGGUCAUAGUUCCUUGCAAGUAAAAAUAAAUAAAUAAAGAUCAUAAAUAAAUAGUAAGUGAUUUUAGAGGCCGGCUUGAGUUUUCUUUUGGGUUAGUGCUAAUGCUAGCAAAAGCUUGAGGAUGACUUGGUAUAGUUACUAUUUCUAUCCCAUUAUAACAUUUUCGUGUUCUAAGAAAAAUCCUUUUGGAAUAAAACUUUCCAUGCUUAAUUGCAUUCAUGUGUAUUUUUGGUUAGGAUGUUGAUCUUAAAUACUGCAAGACUUUCAGCAUUUCAUUUUGAGUUACGAUGCAUUUUCAUGGUAGGAUUAAUAUGAGUACUUUUCUUCAGUUCAUGUAGCCCAACUGAGAGGUCAUUCUGUGAAAUAACACUUGGUGUUGUGUCCAACUGGAAUUGUACUUUGGUAUGGCACUUGACUCUUUCAGGGGGAUAUGGUACUUUGCAUAAAUCUGACUUUUAUAGUAAAUUGGUAAGGAGCUUGUCAUUCAUGGAUAUUGAGGGGGAGUUUGGUGAUAAUCAGUGAAAUUAUAAUUUAUAAACAGAUGUGGGGCGGAGAAUUUUCCCAAACGGAAAAUUUUCCAGUGCUUAAUUUUUCCUUGGGAAAUUUUCCAUUUCUAAAAAUACAUGGUUUCAGAAAAUUUAUUUGUAACAAUGAAUGGAUGCCAAUACAAUAUUAGGCAAGCAUGGCAGUUUUAAAGUUGUAAUUAAUGUUUUUUCAGGUGACUAUCCCUAGGAACUGUGUGAGAGAGUACAUAUAUCUUUUAUUGAUUUGUAAACAGGAGGAUAAAUGCACUCGCAUAAUCCAAACCAAAAAUCAAGUUAUGAAUUCACCUAAUUAGCUGUGCAGGUCAAAUCAAAACCAAAGCACAGCAUAUCAUGCAGUUUUUUUGGGUGUGCUAAAAUUAGUCUGUCAGCAGUUUUCUGUGCCUUCAGUUUUUUUCUUAAAUUUAAACAAACAAUGUAAGAGAAGUACAUGCUAUUGUGUAUUGUCCUUUACAUUUUUACAAGUGUUCCAAUAAAAAUAAUAUUUUUCACAUAAA